AUGACCACUUGCUACGUCAGUGCUGCCACCAUUCAGGCCAAGGCUGUCGUCGCGCACGCCGUCGCCAACCCCGGGAUGGCCCUGCUCGCGGCUGCCCUGCUGGCUGCUGUUGUUGCUGGGCUGGUCUCCGCUCGUGCUUCGUACAUUCGCACUGGCGGCAAGUCGAUCCCGGAUCUCAACCUCCCGCGCCCCGUCGAGAUCACUGCCGACUGGAAGCCCUCGUUCAUUGAGGUCAACGAUUGCAAGUCUCCCUCCAACCCGCGGAUGAUCCAGUGCUACGACCCGACUACCGGCUACUUCCUGGGCAACAUUCCGGCCAUGAACAAGGCCGAUGUCGAUGGCAUCAUCAAGCGCGCCUAUGAGGUCGGCGCUGUCUGGGCCAAGACCACCUUCGCCGAGCGUCGCCGGGUCCUGCUGACCCUGCAGAAGUACAUCAUCGCCAACCAGGACAUGCUGGCCAAGAUCGCCUCGCGCGAUUCCGGCAAGACCACUGUCGACUCGUCCUUCGGCGAGAUCCUCGUCACUCUGGAGAAGAUCCGCUGGACCGUGUCCGAGGGUGAGGCUGCCCUCAAGACCGAGUAUCGCAAGCCGCCUGCUCUGAUGAUGCACCGCAUCGCCCAGGUCCAGUACGAGCCUCUCGUUGCUGUCGGCGCGAUUGUCUCCUGGAACUACCCCCUGCACAACCUGAUCUCGCCGCUGAUUUCCUCCAUGUUCGCCGGUAACGCCACCGUGGUCAAGGUCAGCGAGCAUACCUCCUGGUCGGCUACCUUCUUCGCCAACAUGAUCCGCGCGGCUUUCGUCGCCUGUGGCCACAGCCCGGACCUGCUGCAGAUCGUGACCGGCUUCGCUGAUGCCGGUGAUGCCCUGGUGCGCGGUGGUCUGCGCAAGAUCACCUUCAUCGGGUCCCCCUUCGUCGGCAAGAAGAUCAUGAACGCCGCGUCGGACAACCUGACCCCGGUGAUCCUGGAGCUCGGCGGCAAGGACCCGAUUAUCCUGUGCGACGACUGCAACCUCGGUCAGGCGGUCAACCUCACCAUGCGUGGCACCUUCCAGAACUCCGGCCAGAACUGCAUCGGCAUCGAGCGUGUCAUCGUCCACAAGAAGAUCUACGACCAGUAUGUGGAGGCGGUCAAGCCCAAGGUGGAGGCUCUUCGCCAGGGGUCCCCUCUGGAGGACAUCGACGUGGACGUUGGCGCCAUGCGUAUGGUUAGCGAACUCGAUCGCCUCGAGGCCCUGGUUGACGAUGCCGUGUCCAAGGGCGCCCGUCUGCUGGUCGGUGGUAGCCGGUCGCUCGUCUCCAAGUGGCCCAAGGGCCAGUACUUCGCCCCGACCCUGCUCGUGGACGUGACCACCGACAUGAAGAUCGCCAACCAGGAGGUCUUCGGGCCGAUUCUGCUGGUCAUGCGUUUCGAGGAUGACGAUGACGCGGUGCGCAUCGCCAACUCCACCACCUUCGGCCUGGGGUCCAGCGUCUUCAGCAUGGAUACCGCCCGGACCAAGUCCAUCAUCAGCCGUCUGGAUGUUGGCAUGAGCAACCAGAACGACUAUGCCGUCAACUACCUGUGCCAGUCUCUGCCCUUCGGUGGUGUGAAGGACUCCGGCUUCGGGUGCAUCGGUGGUUACGAGGGUCUCCGUGGCCUGUGCCAUGCCAAGGUGGUCACCCUGGACCGGUUCCCCUUCGUCCAGACCGACCUGCCGCCCCUGCUGCAGUACCCGAUCUCGCGUGUGUCCCCGGACUUCACCACCGCCCUGUGCUCCUUCUUCUAUGGCUCCGGCGUCGGGAACUUCCUGACCUCGGCCCUGAAGCUGGCCUCGCUGGCUGCCUCGGCCCCGGCUCCCAAGAAGAAGGACUAA